UGAAUAUGCCAAGCGCUAGCUGCUACACGUGGGCAUUAGCAGACAGAACGCCAGAGCAGCAGUGCUUCCACAGCAACAGAAACCAAGCAUCUCCAUCCGAAAAACGCAUCUCAGUCCAUCUGAAAUCAGAUACACUGAACCCUGCACGACAGUAACUAGCUAAGAUCAACCUUCAACCAUGAAAACUAGACUUGGCUGUCUUUCCAAUAAAUCAGACUCCUGCAGCGACUUCUCUGAAUUUUUACCUCCAGGACCAGAGAGAUCCACAAGAUACCUGAAGUUAUCCACAGAUGAAGUGACAAAAUGGGCAGACUCCUUUGAUGUUCUUCUGUCAAACAAAUAUGGCCUGGCAGCAUUCAGAGCUUUCCUUAAAACUGAAUUCAGUGAUGAGAACAUUCAGUUCUGGUUGGCCUGUGAGGACUACAAAAAGAUCAAAUCUCCUGCAAAGCUGGUGUCCAAAGCCAACAAGAUCUACAAGGAAUUUAUUGAUGUUCAAGCACCCAAAGAGGUGAACAUAGACUUCAGAACCAGAGAGGAGACCAAACAGAAACUUUUGGAACCAACAUCCACCAGUCUCAAUGAAAUCCAAACCAAGGUCUACAGCCUAAUGGAGAAGGACUCCUACCCUCGCUUUCUCCGAUCAAAAUUCUAUCAGGAGCUGCUGAACCGAACUCAGAUGCACUGUCAGAGGAAAUCAGUCUAAUGAACCAUCAUCUCCAAGAUGUUUUACUUUCAUGGUUAAAACUUAUUGAGACGUUAGAACAAAUGUUUACUGUUAUACAUACUGAGUUUUCUGAUUAUGCAUUGUACUGUAGAACUAUUAGGCUAGUUUGCACUUGUAUAGACAACAAUGAAUCAUGUUACUACCAUGUGAGACGUGAUCUUCUGCCUGAUAGUUAUAGGUGGAUGUAUGUUUGUAUAGGUCAACAGUGAGCAUGUUUAUAGAAUUGUUUGGAUAUUCUGUACUGCGCAGGUUUUUUACCCAGAGUAUUAAAUACAACAUUUAGUAACAUUAGGUUUGAAUUCAAACGUCUAUUCACAAUAUAAAGGUGAUUCCUCUUAUUUAUAUAUUCUUUUUUUAAUUAUUUGGCCAAAACACAUGACUGAUUACCCCAUUUUUAAAUGUUUAUACAUUUGUUUGUCAGUAUUUAAUUGUUAAUGGGCAUGUUACUUGGUACUUUACUAUUAAAGACUAAAUUAAGUAAA